ACAACCAUCCCAACAACAAUCAACAUGAAAUUCUUCAUCGUUGCCCUGGCCCUGGUUGCCCUGGUUGCCGCUCAGGAGGAGGAAGGUGACAAGUACACCACCAAGUACGACAAGAUCGACCUGGAUGACAUUCUGAAGUCGGACCGCCUGUUCAAGAACUACUACGCCUGCCUUUUGGACGAUGGACCGUGCACCCCCGAGGGAAGCUACCUGAAGCGUAUCCUGCCGGAAGCCCUGGAGACCAACUGCGCCAAGUGCAGCGACAAGCAGCGCGACGAUGGAGUGCGUGCCAUCAAGUACAUGGCCGAGAACCGCGCCGAGGAGUGGAAGGUCCUGAAGGCCAAGUUUGACCCGGAGAACGUGUACGUCGAGAAGUACCUGGCCGAUGCCGAGAAGGAGGGAAUCAAGCUGUAAACGCUGCCGUUUGGGGAUGUAGGUGCAUAAUGUGAUAACAAAAAUCUAGUGAUUUGAAUUGAAAGU